AUGGAGAUUGACUCUCUCUGCUUCCCCAAUGAAAAUGAUGCAUAUGAUCUUGUUGCUGUGAUUGGUACACCACUUGUGCUAUCUGCAGACAAUGGUUAUGGGGAGAAUAUGCUUCAUUAUCCAAUUGAUCAGCUUAUUCGUUCACCAAUGAUAUUUUUUAGAGAACAGCUAGGAAGUUCAGUCCUUCCAGUUACUAUAGACCGUGAUGUGAUAGGCAGGACCACCACAACAAAAGCAAAACUUCGUCCUGAUUUCCUCUGUUGGGUUGGCGAUGUGGUAUUAUUAAAAGGCGAGGAGAAGUCAUUGGAGAGUGAGUUCAAUAAUGCUUGUGAGGAGCUGUGUGUCAGGAUGAGCACACUUGAUCCGAUAUACUUUGGUGAUAUGAGUUAUAUAUUGUGCUAUUCCGCAGGUGGGAAGUGGAUUCAAUUUUUCGCCCUUGAUAAGUUGAAAAUGUUAUAUCCGCUUACAGCCAAGUUCGAUCGAACCAACGUGUGUGACAAGAUAUCCGUGAUUAACACCAUCAUCAAUAUCAUGCGACUCAUUGUCACAGUCAAAAACAUUCUUCCAAAAGAUAUUCUUCCUCUUGGCCGCAUAUUUUGCAAAGGUUGUACCAGCAUCACCUUUUUGGAGAGUAGUGUUAAGAAUUCAAUCCGCGAGUUUAAGAAUCACUACCCCUUUGCAAAUAUGGAAACCCUUAGAAAUAUGUACCAGGUCGCAAUUGGCAAGCAAGGACUUGUCCAAGCUCUGGAUCAGCCAAAACUCAAGCGGGACGGUUCCUACGAAGUUAUGCUUGCAACACGUGGAUUUUACAUAAUACCAAAGACAGAACAGGAACUUCAGCAUGCGAUUCGCGACAUUCUGUAUGGGCUGCAUGCUCUCCAUAAGCAGCCAGGAGGCUAUGUCCUGAUUGAUUUCGAACACGGAGGAUUAGCCUGCGAAAAGCCGCCAUUUUUGCAGCUGACGGAUGGGAUGAUGAGACACUGGAGUCAGGAGGCAUUUACAGUGAAAUAUCAGACAUUUAUCAG